AUGGAUGAAGUAGACUCAGCAGUUGAUUCAGUUUUAGUUGAAAAUGUUAAAUCAUUUGUUAGUGGUGGUUUUGGUGGUAUUUGUGCUGUUUUAUCAGGCCAUCCUUUUGAUUUAGUUAAAGUUAAAUUACAAACUGGUGCUUAUAAUAGUUCUAUUCAAUGUGUAAAAAGUACAAUUGCAAAAGAUGGGUUAUUAGGUUUAUAUAGAGGAGUUUUACCACCUUUAAUUGGGGUAACUCCUAUGUUUGCAGUUUCAUUUUGGGGUUAUGAUGUUGGUAAAAAAUUGGUUGGUAAUUUUACUGGUAAAUCUAUUGAAAAUUUCACUAUCAAAGAUAUUUCAACUGCUGGUUUUAUUUCUGCUAUUCCAACUACAUUAGUUGCUGCUCCAAUGGAAAGAGUCAAAGUUGUUAUGCAAUUACAAGAAGGUGCUAAGAAUUCAAUGGGUCAAACAGUUAAAAAAAUAUUAAAAGAAGGUGGUAUACAGUCAUUAUUUAAAGGUACUAUUGCCACUCUUGCACGUGAUGGUCCUGGUUCAGCUUUAUAUUUUGCGACUUAUGAAUAUUUAAAAGAAAGAUUAUCAACUCCAGGUCAAUCAUUAUCCAUUGGUCCUAUUAUGUUCAGUGGUGGUAUGGCUGGUGUUUCAAUGUGGUUAGGUGUGUUCCCAAUUGAUACAAUUAAAUCUACUCAACAAUCAUCAAAUGUAAAAGUUUCAAUUGUACAAACAACCAAAAAUAUUUAUGCUAAAGGUGGUAUUAAAGCCUUUUUCCCUGGUGUUGGCCCGGCUUUAGCUAGAUCAUUCCCUGCUAACGCAGCAACUUUCUUGGGUGUUGAAGUUGCAAAAAAUGCAUUGAAUAAAGUUUUGUAG